AUGGAUAAUCCUGAACCAUCAGGAAUAAAAACAAAAUGUGCUGUGGUCUGCGUCAUUUUUGGACAAACAUCAAAUUGUCCUGACAAUGUGACGCAAAGACAAAACUUUAGCUCAAGUAAGAAAAAGUGCAAAGGUUUACAGUCAAACGAUCAUGGAAGAACACAUAAAACUUGUGCAGGAGCCAGGAUGCAAAUAUUUAAGACAUGUUCUCCGCUGUCCGGUACAUCCGAAAAUAUCAUAUCUUUCAUUAUUCAAUCUCUAAUAGAGAAUUUAAUCGCAUUACAAGAAAUUAAAGCUAUUGGAUGUGACGAAACAGUUGUAAAUACUGGGGUUAAGGGUGGUAUAAUACGACUGUUAGAAGAACAUUGCAGUCGAACAGUCAAUCCAAUUAAAGCACUCUCAGUUAAUGCAGAAUAUGCAUUGGAGAAAAGAAGUGCCCAUUACAGACAUAUAAGAGAUAUAAGUACUGCAAACCUAAAUCGAUUUCUUGAAAAUUCCCGCUCAGAUAUAAUAGAAAAUUGCAGACGAAAUGGAAUGACAGCACAAACCCAAAGUAAGCUUGAGAAAGCAUUUGAUGACGUCGAAGUAUGUGCAGGUAAUAAUCGUAUAUAUUCCGUACCAGAAGCUGAAUUUACAAAAAACAUUAAUGACUGUAGCAAAGAAGUGGUUCGCCUUAGUAAAGCCUGCUUAAAGGAGAGUCAAAGCUAUUAUCCAGAAUUACUUAUUUCAAUGAGAAAUUCAGUAACAUCCUUCCUCUAUGCUAACAAAGAUGUUAUAACAUCUAAUGAGGUAAGAGACUGUUACAAAAAAGUGGAGAGAAGUAGAGUAGGAAAUACAUAUAUUCAAUGUAUUGAACAAGCUGCGGAAGGAGUAGAUAAAGUCGAGAUUCCUCAUAGUAAAGCUGUAGCAUGUCGGGUUAUCACUAGCAUUGGUAAAUGUUUUCCAAAAAUGAUUUCUGAACAAUGUGAGAUGUCUGACAAUUUAAGCAAAUUCCUGAAAAUUUACGACGAGUUUAUAACUGGUCCAUGCGCAGCUUAAAAAUAAAUUUUUUUAUUAUACUUACUAAAUAAAGAAAUUACUGAGUAUCUAUAUUUGUGUUUUAAACUACCUGUUAUUAUAAUUUUAAAUGAUA